AUGGAACCGUUGACCCUUCAAUUACGGCACGAUAACGAAGAAACAAUCGAAUGCUGGGACGACGAUGGUGAUUUACAAUGGCAUGAAGAUAUACAGUUUCGUACUGCCUCUAGCGCUACAUCUGUGACAAGCUGUUCUAUUCGCCGAUCGGAACAUCGGGAUUCAAUUUCAUCUCGUCGCUCUGCUAAAUCCGACCUUGAAUCCAAUGCCGGCGGCGAUGACGACUGGCAAGUACAAUUACUCGAAAAUGAUGAUUAUGCGACCGACGACGCUAUCGCAUCUGCUCAAAGCGCCGGGAUUCCAUUGCCGGCGAAUGUGCCCAAGUCGGCCCUGAUAGGAGGCACAAUCAAGCGCCUGGGACGGAAGAAGCCAAGAAAGAACUUCGCAGAUGAUUGGUCUGAAGACGUCGAGUUCCCAGACUCCGAGUAUACGUUGAAAUUGAAGGAUCCUAAAGAAAGGGACUUCCCUGAAAUUCUCCGUCAAGUCAAUUCCACUGCAACAAGUCCUGAGAAGUGUUCGGCUCCGCCGUCAUGGGAUAAUGAUAUAUCAGGCCGCCUGCAUUCUGCGCUGGCGGGGUUGGCGGGACAUCGCGAUGAUGGCGAUGUAGCUGAUUUUCAGGAUGUGCCCACUAUCAAGCUCCCAAAAAUACGGACACCUCGACGAGCAACGCCCGUCAAUAACGAUACCUACGAAACUGAAAACGAAGUGGAAAAUCUCGAUCAUGACUUCGAGUUGCCUCCCGACGAUCUUCCAAUUAGGCUCGAUUCCCAAAAAUUCAAUGCAAACAGUUCAAGCCAAUUUCCAGAAGACCUCGAUCUAGACUGGUCCGAAGGGAGUAUCGGUGUCCGACUUGGUGGCACGGCGCGGGACCGGCGAUCCAAUCCUAGCUCAUCAGUGUCGAUUGCCAGCCCAAGUUUGUCGAGCUGUUUGACAGGCGAGAGUGAAGAUGAUAAUCUUGAUGGCCUCGUUAUCCCUGACGAACCUCUGGACUUGGAAACAUCUCUAAGGAAGCUACAGGGUUCGUCAACAGCUGCCCAGCCACAUUCAGGAUUCAUCCAGAAUGGACAUGAAUUGAUGGAGGCGGACGAUUUCUUUUGCGGUAUCGAAAUUGAAGGCGGCGAUAUCUUCACAUCAAACGCGUCGCUCAACCCAAAUGUAAAAUGCAAGGCGGAAUGCCUGGGAAACCCGGCACGUCGUUCGGCGACUACUAUCCAGUUCACGAAUACAUCUGCGUCUCCAAAGACUCGGAUCCCUCGUCUCUCAGGUCACGAUCGCUCUCACUCAACUUGUCUUGAAACCGUAUCGGAAAGUGGAGCACCUCUUUCUAAUUUUCAGCGCUCACAACAAUCUCGGCUCGGUGGUCAUUUAUCGCACUCUUCUCUCUCCAGUUUGCCUGCGCCUGGUUCAAUGUUGACAUCUCCGACGUCCCAGCCCGCUGGUCGACGGCUGGUUGGGACGCGUGUCUCGAAGGAUUCCUUGUUGGCUGCGCGUGCUCCUGCCGGAAAGCAAUCUUUGAGGGCAAAACGGUCAAUGCCGGCCAUGCGCGGCAUGUAUCAAAAUGCCAUCGUACCUUCUUCCCAAGGCACAGUGUCCCAUCAGGAUACUAAGGGCCAAUGGUUUAAGAUGCCAGUCGACCGCAUGAAUACUAAUCGCAGGGCUCAAGCGCCAUUCAUCCCGGCAGGUGCUUCAGAAAACCAAUCGCAUCACAUCACCGUUAAGAAUCACCGUCAUGCACGUAGUUCGAAUGACGUACCUUGCCCACGGGGAUCUGUAUCACGACUUGCACGGUUGAAUCGCACUGAUUCUGUGGGCAACAAUAGUUCCAGUAAUGCUGACUCAGAAACGAUUGCCGCCAAGCGUACCGUCACUAAGCCAGCUCGUCGGCAGAACUUUGGCGACGGAACGGAACUGGAGUUGUUCGAUGAUUUACCCACGUCGUCCUCAACCGAAAGCAGAUUUAUCAAACAUGCUAGCGGACGUGGUGCCCCAAGGUCCCUCCGAAGCCGGUUGGGCCAGAGUCAAAAUAUGUUAUUUCAAAAAGAGACACCACAAUCACCCACACCCGUUACUGCACUGAAGACCCCUGACUCCACUCCGCGUUUUGCGCGGGAUACGAAUGCCUCCAGAAAUGCAAGAGAGCAACGCAUUGCCUCCAUGAAUAUGAAGGAUCGAGAAACCAGCUUACUCCCGUCACUAGGCGCGAAUUGGAAGGCUCAGAGCAUAUCAUGUGUCUCUUCCAAUAGCUCGGCGACAUUGAGAAACAAGAAAAGAAGAUCCGUUUUGCCUGGGAAUAAGCCUCACUUGAUUAAGCCGAUGGGUAUGGGCGUCCAGGGGGCUAAAUCGAUGAAUGGGAUGCGUUACAACCCCAUCACUUUCCGCUGGGAAGGGAAUGAGAAUCUGGUCCAAGAUUUUGACAAUAUCUCCCCAAUAUCGCCCAAGCCAGCACCAGCACUUAUCACCAAUGUAAGCGCAAUGCAGAAUGUGCAGGUGGUGGGGGGUAUGGUGUUCGAUCCACAGCGCAUGUGCUGGCUUAAACUAGCACCGCUACAGCCCGGAGGAAACGGGCUGGUGGCCAUUCAAGAUGAGGAUGAUGUAUUUGCUGGCCUUGACGACCUCGAUGAUAAAGGAUGGAGCGACGAUCCUGGUGGAAGAACUUCAGGUGCACCUGAUGAUCUUGGUCCUGUGGCAAGCGGAGACGAUCGAAGCGGUGGGGAGUCAUCAGAUGAAUGGCCCAUCACGGAAGAAUUCGACGUCGGUCCCGAGUUUGUCAAACGCCAACGUGCCGAAGAAGAGAAAUGGCGACGUAAGGUGGAUAAGUGGGUGGGCUUGGAGCGCCGAAAGCUCGAUGAUGGAUGGCGAUGGGCCAUCCGAGAUUUGGUAAAAUCUAACGGCCCAUUUGAAGCAGAUCAAUUCGACGAUACAGGUGCUAGUCACAGAAGAUGGCAAAGGAGAAUGGGAGAAUAA